AUUCUUGUCAUCCAUCAUCAUUUCGCUUUCCCGAUGAUUUGAACAAUUUACAAGUUUUACAUUUAUUGUUUGUAAAUUUCAAUACAACCAAAAAACAAAAUGAUGUCUGCUGAAAAUUCACCUACAAAGCCUUCACGAUCACCCAGCGUGAUAGAGUCGGUCGAAGACUUUGAGAAUCAAGACACACUACUAAAACAUGUUGAUAUCUCAAUUGUGGAGUCAGAGAAACGUGCUAAUGGUACGCUUCACGUCCGGGACCAUUACACGGUCUAUCUAAUCGAUCUGAAAGUAACAGACCCAGAGUACAAACUAGUGCAAUCAAAAAUCAGCACAAUAUGGAGGCGAUACACAGAAUUUGAGCAGAUCCAUGAUUACCUGCAAGUCACUUACCCACAUGUAGUCAUACCACCCCUGCCUGAGAAAAGAGUGCUUUAUGCAUGGAGGAAAUCAGACACAACUGAUCCUGAAUUUGUGGAGCGGAGACGCGCUGGGCUGGAGAAUUUCCUGAUGCGUGUAGCCUCCCAUCCCCGGCUUUGUUUUGAUGAUCAGUUCAUCAACUUCCUGCAGCAAGAGCAUGGUUGGCGGGAAACUAUCACAGAUAGUGGAUACAGAUUACAAGCAGAAAACAAGUUAAAAUCUCUCUCAGUAUCGAUUAGGCUGAAAAAGCCAGAUCCAGAGAUAGAAAGUGUCAAAAAUUAUGGAAAGCAAUUAGAAACUAACUUAGGAAAUUUUCUUUACACAAGGUCUAAAAUUAUAGAAAAGAAUUAUGCCUUAUGUAAGCUUCAUGCCAACUACGGCAAAUUGUUUAGUGAAUGGAGUGUGAUCGAGAAAGAGAUGGGAGAUGGUUUGCAAAAAGCAGGACACUACUUUGAUUCAAUAGCGGACAGCAUAGACUCCGUAGCGGAAGAUGAAGAACAACUGGCCGAUCAGCUCAAAGAAUAUCUCUUCUAUGCCAGCUCGUUGCAACAACUGUGCAGUAACCACGAGGCGUUGCAACGCGCGUUGGAGAAUGCUCAUGAUACGCUCAAUAACAGGAUAGCAGAGAGAACCAGAGCGGCGGCCGGCAAAUCCGGGAUAAUGUCCCGCUUGUUCGGGACCACCGACCCGGACAUAGUGCGCGAUCAGACUACGCGCGCGCUCGACGCUAAGAUACAGUCCGACAAGGAGGCGAUUGAGAAGGCUAGGCGAGACCUUGAGGAUUUUACAAAGAAGGCUUUAGUGGAAAUCGAGCACUUUCAAAAACAGAAAGAUAAGGACCUCCACGAAUCGCUUGUAGGUUUCAUCACACUCCAAGUCAAGGCUGCGAAAAAGAACCUUCAAGCGUGGACGCAGAUAAAGGAAUGCCUUCAGAACAUGCCCUGAACAUAGCCCGGCCUCCGGCCAUCGUUUGUACCUAUAGUAGGUUAAUCUAAAAACUUCUAGCCGUAGUAUUUUUAUAUCUCACUUUGUAGUUAGAAUUUUUAUGAAGUUAUUAGUUUGUAAAGGUAUUUCUUAAUGUCGAGUUCAUGUGGAAUUCUAUUUAUUCCACUGCGUCUCAUUCUUAAUGGUGUGAUAAGAAAAACACUGAUGGGAAUAGAAUGUCACUUUCUAGUAGGAUUGUUAGAAAGAGACGCAAAUAGUAAUAGUAAUUAGAGUUUAUUUAUUUAAUUUUUUAAUAAUUUUUGCAUAGCUCUUGUUAUCGUGUAACACAGUUUAACUAACGCGUGCCGCCACGAUCUGCCUGUUAAAAAAAUGAAAAACAUUUAAAGAUGCCUUCACAAAUGUAUUAAAACGUGCAUAGGCUUAAACUAAGCAGUGUACAAUUUUUAUAAACCUAUCGGAAUACGUGAUAGGUUCUGUUUUACAAAAUUUUGUAUUAAAAUUCAGUUAAAUAAUUUUGUUAAUUACAAUCCACAUGUCGAAAAUUAAAGGGCAUUGAACUUUAUCGUUCGUCUUUGUCUUUAAUUUACUCUUCUAUAAUAUUCACUAAAGCGGUAGUUUAAUUUUAUUAUUAAUCUUUCCGCCUCACUAUUGGACAAAGACUUCUCUUUCAUUUAAUUUAUCUUAAUCUACAGUAAAAAUUUACUUAUUAUGAAAAUAACCUACGCGUGUUUUGUAAGCAAUAAAAAUAUUACCUAAAUAAAAAAUAUACCGGUUUUUUUUUUUCGAAAAAAUGGUAAAAUAUUAUGUGCUACAACAACUUACUACAGCAAAUUUUAUAAGUAUACAAAGAUUGGCGAUUCUUUUAAAGCAAUUCAAUUUAAAAUCUGAAUUAUAAUUUUAAUACUUACAAACCACUGUUCAUUGAGAUGUUAAAAUAAUUUGGAAUUUUCCUUAUUGACAUUUCAGCUCUUCAAAAUAUCUUAAUCAGUAUAUCUCAGUAUACUAAGAUUGUUCAUUCCUUAUCAUAUCGUAAGUAUUAUCAAUAUUUUUUUAUAUUAUUUAAAGAUGUAAUUAUAUAUUUCGUGACCAAAUAUAGCGUAAAAUCAUAGCGAAUGCGUUCCAAAAAGUUGAAAUGUAUUUUAAUAGCUACAUAGAAAUAUUACAGAUUGUAAUACAAACUUAAUUGGUCGAAUUCUUAAAUCCCUAAUCCUAUGGAGACAAGACUGAAAUUAGUCAAAAUUACUCCAAUUGUUUCUACUAUCUAAGCCUGAAUGUGUAUAAUUAUAUAAUUGUAAUAUAAUAUAAUCCACACUCAAGCUUUAAAAUUUUCACAGUCAAAAAAUAGUUACGAAUAACUAGUCCCAUUUAUUAUAUAGCCUUUUUAUGAAACUAAUUUCAUAUGUUUACCUUUAUUAUGAGCCUGACAAGAAAAAAUAAGAGCAUUGCUUUAUAAAGCCGAAAAAUAUUGGCAUAUACUUUGGUAUUUUGUUUGAAUUGUAUAAAAUUCUUUGAUAUCUGAUGCCUUCGCCAGGUUAUUUAACUUUAUUCACCUAGCCCACACCUGGAUGAACAAAGUUUUAGUGUUUUUAUUUUAUAACUGCUUGUUACCACAAAUCACGAUAAAGUAAUCUAGUAGUACUCUAUACUAUAUAUAUACUAGUAAAUAUAUAAAAAAAUUAGGCUCCUCUCCAUAGAGGUGAAGGGCCAACUGGAACUAACGCUAGGAGGAUGCUGAUUACGAUGGAUAUGGUGUAUACCUACCCUGCGGAGAUUCUUGUCAGGCUUAACAAGCUUUUAUUAUGGCUAAAAUACUCAACUGUGAUGUAAAGACCAACUCAAUUCGUCGCAAGACUUUGUAUAAAUUGUAAAUGUAUAAUAGAUUGCUAAUAUAUUUCUAUUAAUUUAGCAAGUUCUUGAGUUAAUCUAUUUAUUUCUGUUGAUUUAAUUUAAUAUUUAUUGCGAAGUGUUAAGUUGUAGUUUGCAAUAAACAUCAACACUUUGUA